AAUGGCUGUCAGCAAGAAGAAACAAAAAGAAAGCGACUAUUUGAUAUUUACGUUUUAUUUUGCGUUUAAAGCGAUGGAAUUGACUUGACUUGAUUCAUGACCAAGUUCGGAAGAAAUUGACGAUGGAUGACAUGUUUGUUUACGAGCCACCAUUGUCCCUCUGGGCUUUGGUGGACCAGUAUGUUCCGGAUAACGAAAGAGAUGAGGUGAAGAACAUGCUGGGAGAGUCCUUGGUAGAUCAGAGUCUGGAGUUGCAUUUAGAGGUUGAUACUUUGCUUGAGAUCUGGAGAGACUUUCGUGAUGACUCUAUCAAGGAAAGGUCAUCGGAGAGAUUGCCGGAACCACCAGCAGUGCGUGACAGGUUGCGACAAGAGAUAAUGUUCUUCGUUGAAAACAUCAGAGAGAAAGCUGGAAAGGAAGGAAGAGACCCCAAUAGAGUUUUUGCGCGCCAUAACCAUGAUGUUUUAACGUAUGCCUGUGAUCAAUCAAGUACGUCCUCUUCUGACACUUGGUCGCGGCCGACGACAGCGAGGAGCUCGACUGGCAGAGAAACGCCAAUGAGAUGUACGCCGUCCAGUUCCAGUGAGAGGAUGUCUUCCCUCUCCACAGUCAGUGAUGAUGUCGAAGCCAUGCAUGAUAAACUUAAUAUAUUGCAUUUGGAUGAAAUCACGCAGCAUCUAAGGACAUACCUUGAAGAAGAAGUCCAACAGUUGUUGAGGGAUAUAGAGUUUUUACAGGAAUGUUUAGAAAGAGAAGCUGAUUUCCGUGACAGUGCUGGCAGCAUGACACAGAGGGAACCUACACUGACAGAAUUGAGAGAAGAGAGACAGAAAUUGGAAAAAGAUCUUCUCGAAGCUGCAAGACCUUCUCCUCCAGCUAUAAAGAAAGUUCCUUUUAGACCAUCUCCUGAAGGUUUGAAAACUGGGACAAUGAAAGUGCGCAGUCCAGGAACGAUGUCUCCUACGGCUCCAGCCCGUCCAAAACCGAUGAAAGCAUCCCACGACGUCUCGACAAAGGUGCUGGAAUUCCCCAAUCAAAAUCAAAAUAUUGGACAGAAUGUGCGAAAUAAUAACAAUUGCUUGGACAGGACUGGCAAUGUGCCAAAUAUUGCUAAUGCUAAAUUGGUGAAAGUUACAAUACCGGCCUCAAGAACUGGUUCAGCAGAGCUUAGUCCAGUGCCCCCAACGUCUGCUCGACCAAGUUCUGCUUCGAGGUUUCGGAGGAUGGUACUGAACUGCCGGGAUUCACCUUGAGUUUGAAAUGAUGUGAAAGAGGGGCGUGGAUUCAGGGGGUGGCGCUGUGGCAUGAAACUUCCUAAUAUUUUGAGACAAAAUCCUUGAAAGUGAUUGUGAAAUUGUCGGAUUAGGCGAAAAAAUUGACACACUGGAGGACAGUGAUUUUCAAGACUUCUGUUUCCGUUUUGUCACAUUAGGGGAAUGCAUGGGACUUUCUUUUAAGAAUAUUACUGUGAUGGAGCAAUAUUUAGGUCCAAUGUGUCGUUACAUAUGCUGGAUUAGUGGUGGUCUCAUGAUGUCGGGACCCAAUGCAGGUAAAUGCAAAGCGUCAUGUCAUUGUCGAAAUAUCGCCAUAGAUUGCCGGUGGUUAAGUGGUUAACUAGUCUCAGUGAAGGUGUUAUUUCUAGACUUGGGCAUGUUGAUCCCACUCGCUCAGUGCAGACUCGAUGUAGGGGUGUAUUCAUGUAAAACACUGGGCUGAGCUAUAAUGAGGUGUUCAGGCCCAGAGAGGACGACCUCCCAAAAAUAUUCAAAGUUCUCUCUGGGCGGCACCUUCAGGGCCAUCUGAAACAGGUUGUUGGGGUGGUGAUACACUGGCACUGAAAGUGCUAAACCGAAUUAAUUUUAAUAACGUACUUCACAAAUGAUGUACCUGUAAAUAACUUAUCCGUCCACCGUUUGCUUAAUUUUGAACUUGUUUUGUUGGUAAAUGCAGUAAUGUGCAAAACUGGAACCACUCACGUGGCACUAUUUGAAUAACAAGUUUAGAAGGAGCUCGACGCUAUCACUGAUGGCGUUCACCUUUGCCUCGUUUGAUGGUUACCACCUGAUGUUAAAUUU